CAAACAUUCAUUCAGACUCAGCAAGCGCUCUCUCACCCAGAGGACAGACUCAGCAAUACGAACACAGACUUAAACAUCCUCUUCAGGUCCAAGGAUGCAGACCAUGUACAUGUGGCUGGUUUUUCACUUGCUGGCUGCAGGCCUGUGUAGCGUCCUGGAGGAGAAACAGCUGGACUUCGGCUUGCGUAUCUUCUCCGAAGUGUCUUCACAGGACAAAAACGUGAUUUUCUCCCCGUAUGGUGUCACCGCUGUGAUGAGCAUGGUGCAGUUAGGAGCCAGUGGUACCACCUUAAAUGUCUUAAAAUCCAGCUUGGGGUUCUCCUUGAAAGAUCGUGGGAUUCCCAGACAGCUGCGGCUGCAACACAGGGAACUGUCCAUGGAGGACGCAGUGCAGCUUGCCAGUGGGGUGAUGGUGGAGAAGAAGUUGGGGCUGGAGAAAGGCUUCAGGAAGGGGCUUCUCAAAGCCUUCCAGAGCAUCCCUUACCAGCUGGACUUCUCCAACGCAGACAAGGCCGUGGAGUUCAUCAAUGCAUGGGUGUCCGACAACACAGACGGCAUGAUCCCUCACUUCCUGUCUACUGACACUUUAACUGAGGACACCAAGCUGGUGUUGCUCAAUGCCGUCCACUUCCGAGGCCUGUGGAAGGUGCCCUUCAACCCGCAGAUGACGCAGGAAAGGCUAUUUCACUGCGCCAACGGGAGUUCGGUGCCUGUACUGAUGAUGCAAAUCACACAGCGUUUCAAUUAUGGUGACUUCAUCACUGAGGAUGGCGUGGAGUAUGAUGUCAUUGAGGUUCCCUACGAAGGCGAUUCACUGAGCAUGCUCAUAGCGUCUCCCUUUGAGAAGGACGUUCCACUCUCUGCGAUUUUCAAAAGCCUCGAUGGACAAAGGAUAAAACAGUGGAGGAACGGCUUGAGAAGAGUCCGCCGGCAACUUUCGCUGCCGAGGUUUACCAUAGAUUCUCAGCUGGACCUUAAGCCUGCCCUCUCCAGACUUGGCCUGGGCCAGAUUUUCUGGAAGAAUGCCGACUUCUCCGGCAUUACCAGUGAGGAGCAGCUCUACGUGUCCCAGGUUCUGCAGAAGGUGAAGAUUGAAGUGGAUGAAGAAGGAACCAAAGGCUCUGCUGCCACAGGUGCUAUUAUCUACUCACGCAUGGCUGUUGAAGAGAUUACGCUCAAUCGGCCUUUCCUGUUCCUGAUUCAGCACAAGCCAACAGGUGUUCUGCUGUUCAUGGGUCAAGUAAACCAACCUGAGGAACACUGAAACAUAAAGGAGCUACAGUGAAUACCUGCUUUUAGGAGACAUUGCACUGCUAUAGUCUGCUGGCUUCUGAUUCUGAACAAUUUAUCCAAGUUGCCAAACAUCAGUUAUGUCCAAUCUGAUAUUUGGACAAUCAGGGUAUUUCAACUGAUAUUUCUUUUUUGGUAACUUCACUGCUGCUAUAAAUGCACUGGACUUUCUAUGGAAGCUUUGCUUACAUCCUUUUCUGAACAUUAUACAAGUGUUUUAUUCAGUGUAAAUGCUAUAUGACCCUGUACUGCAUAAGUUGUUGGGACCUUGAUGGACAACAUGACAGCUGCAGAAUGCCAGCCGGAAUAACUUUGACUGAACAAGAUCGGUUCAAAAGUCACUGCAAAAAUGAUCCAAUAUAAGAAUAGCCCUCACUAACUAUACUACAACAGUGCUUGACAGGGAGUAAAAAUGUGGACUGUGUCUGGGGGUCCCAAAGGACCCCGCUUGGAAACACUGCACUAGAAGAUUACUAACUACAUAAUAUGCAGGUGUUUUUACAUAUCACAAGGAAUUCUAUAGUGAUUUGCAUGGGCAUGCAGAUAUAUUACCAGAGCAGAAAAAGCUGGGUGGCCACUUCCAGACGCUGGAAGAGAAGGUGCUGGAACAAUGUCCUGACACAAAUCACAAGGGUUAGCAGAACAUAUGAGAAAUAAAGAUGACCAUCCAUGCGUCCAUCCACAAAAACAUCAUGUGAUGGCUAAUGUGGUCAGGAUCAGUGGGAAAACAAGCCUAUGAGCGGUUCAGAAAGAUGAAGGCACGACAGAAUUUAACUGAGUGUAGAACGUGUGGAAGAUAUCAACUUUGAGCAUCCUGAGAUUUCAUUCACACAUGAUACUUUUCUGAUUUCUUCAUUACUUGCUGGCUUUGAAGUGAAGGUCAAACCUAAAUAUGUGUUCUUUUUUUGGUUUAUAUAUGUUAUAUUUUCAUAUUUGUUUAGAAAAUAUUUUUGUCACAAUGUGUAUAUUUGCAAAGUAUAUAUAUUUAUUAACAUUUUGAAAUAAAAUCAGUAUACAUA